AUGGCAGACACUAAUAUGCUUACCGAGGAUUCGUCAAUCUAUUUGUGCCUCGACUACGCAUUCACCGACCCCUUGAAUGCUGCCCUAGGAUCCUUUAUGCCAUCACAAAGCACAAAGCUGCCUGUUAAGAAGGCAGCCUUUACAGAGGCUGAUGUGAGACGCAUUAAAUUGUGCCCAGAAGCAAAUAUUAGCCAUGAGAACAACACUGAUGAUAGCUUGACUGAUGCCGUGACGAUGUUGAAGCCAUGUGAAGAAGAGUCUCCCUUCAUUCGAGGCCAUCGCAGCGUCAGUUGGGUGCGUGCUUGA